UUUCAUUUUAAUAAUUAUAUGAGUUUAUUCUAGCUUCUACAUACAUUAUUAUCUGAAUUUAUUAACUAUUCGCUCUUUGACCUUCAGAGAUUGUACAUACUUGUAGAUGAUUUUAAAUCUGCCAGAUGAUCACCAAACCAGCCGUUCAUUUAAAAAUUUCUUCACCUCAUCCAAAAUCAACCAAAGCUUAUUACUUGUCGAUCAGAACCUUGGAAAAGAAGAACUCUUAGAAAUAUUUAACCACGAUCAUUCAGCAAACAAAUUUAAGUGUGAAGAGGAAUUACAUUUACUUGACGCUUCGUUAAACAGAAAAGAAAACGGUUCUGUCAGUAGAAGUGUAUGUAGGAAAAGUUCAUCAGCAAGCAAGUACACACAUUUAUUGAGCUAUGCGCCCUUUGAUUAUAAUAGAAAAGUAGUCAAAUGUCGUGCAACUAGAGCUAGGAAGAUAUGCUCAGUCGAUACAAUAAACAAGAAAUUCGAGCUUAUACGUAAUAUGUUGAUAGUAAUGGGUUAUCGACAAGGUUUCCUGAAAAAAAAAUUUGUUUGUAACAAACAAGAAAAUAGCAAUAUCAAAGGAUAGUAAGAAACCCAUUUCCCGGAAGCUGCAAUUCAAUAGAGAUGUCACUGGUAAUGUGCUACAUGAUAGACUGACUAGAGCAGUUAGGAGAACGUUUAAUGAAGCUAACUUCCGUCUAUCGUACUUGACCCAAUCAAUGGUGAUUCCCC